CGGUGGGUGACCCCCGCCAGCACCGGGGAACGCCGCUGCUUUCAUAAUAUAGAAGGAGUUGGGGUGGUUAUUUUGAGUUCUGUAGCGACCAGUGUUAUGCCAGGCAGCCUGAAGUUUUAAUUAACAACGUAUCAUCCUCAUGUAAGUAGUUAAUAGUUCUAUCAGAAAUCACCUGGCUGAGCUGAGGGAGGGGGAGGAAUUAGGCAGGUGUGGGGCUGAUCUUUCCCAGUCCCCCGAGAAUGCGAGGCACCUUCUGCAUUGGCUGGCGUGCACAUGAGCCACGAGCGCUGAGCAUCCUUCAGAAUCGAGCAACGUUCGUCUUCAUCUUCUGCAGCACAGCCAGUGCGAAGGGGCCUGAGCUGAAUUCUUAGAAGUAGUUCAUAAUCCCAAAUGCAUUUGGCAUUUUCCCAGUGAGUCUCCAAACACUCUGUCUCAAAAGUUCAGAAGAAAGAAUAUGCAGAAACUCUCGCUUAUCUUGGCUGUUUUGAGUAUUUUAAGCCAGUUGUAUCUGCCUGGAUUGGCUUCAUUCUGUCCCAUUCUAUAUUUUUCCUGACUUUGAUCUUUGGAACUUUCACUACCUGUUUCUGAACUGUUGCGGGUACUUUGAUGCUUGCCUGGACUGUCACUCCAGAUACAGGCCUUCACUUGUGUAUUUGUCCACCCUUCACAGGCCCAAGCGUCACUUUUCCUUAUUAUCUGGCUAGGUAGAUACCCUCAUUGUGUUAUCCAUAAUGCUUCCUUUACUCCAGGCUCGCUGGCAUUCUAGUGGCUUAAAAUUAAAUGCAUAUUUUCCUCUAUUACAAAGACUGUUUUGCAGAAUUUCAAGUGCUAAUACUGAAAGGCUUAUUUUCAUGGCCUUUAUUUUCCCAGUGGUACACCCUAUAAUCUUCACCUCAUCUUCACUUUGUUCCAUUCCAUUUUUUCCAUACUUUGUCUUUCUGUGCUAUCCUACUUUUACUAACGUAGAAAGGCAGGAUACAAAGAGGAUAAAGGGCUGGUCCAAGAGCAGUCGGAGGCACUAAUGCAUGCCUUCAUACUCUCAGCAAUAAUACACAUAAAAAAAGUAAAAACUAGAGGACUCAUCAUAGAAUCGCUGCCACAACUAAUAGGAGAAUUUUGCUCGUGACCUUCCCCUGGCCUUGCUCAUUCGCUGCUGCUAUAAAUUUUCUUCUUGCUGUUACCUGGUGGAUCCACGUUUUUAGGUACUUAGCAGCAGCAGCUCUAGCAAUCAAAGAAUUGUGAAACAUGCUCCCUGGGAUCCCACAUGAAUGUACUCUGCUGUUCUUGGAAACAGCUAGUCCAGUUUCCAGAUUCUCCGCAGUUUCACCUCCGCCAUUGAAACACACUGUACAAGUUACUCCCUCUGUACCACCGCUUAUUAUCAGUCAGAAAGCAGGCAGGCAAGUCUCCUUAGGCACCUGUGUUGAAAGCACAGUUGCUGUUUGACAACAAACAAGCAGUGUUUCACGCUGACUCCCAGCAAAGAGAUUCCUCUUUUCUUUCAUUGUGUUGGAUCUGAGUCCUCUUUUCUACCUUUCCCCUCCUGGUCACCCGCUGCGUAGUUAAUAGAACUGGAGGCAAAGUUCAAACUACUCGUCAGUAGUUCUGGCUGUCAGACACACAGAACAACUGACAUUUGUUCAGUUUAAUGGCACCCAGAAGGCCAAGUGACAGAAAUAUGCUGGUCUUGACUUCUAAAAGGACUGGCAUACACAUACCCUGUAUAAAAUGCUGACCCCUCCAUGAAGGGUAGGGCUGCAGUGCCCAGAAAAUGGCAGAUUAUUAAGUGACAAAACUGGAACGGAACUGAAGCAGGUCUCUGCUGUCAAACCACUCUCUUAUGUAUACUUAAAUAUCACACCUAUGUAUAUUAAAUAAAGAUCAGAUCCCAGAGUGGUCACCACAAUGCUCUGGAAAGAGCUUUCCUGGCAGUGGUAGGUAAUAUGUCCAUGGAUUAAAACUAGAUGUGUGCUUACGGAGAAGCUCCCUUUCACAUCUUGUCCUUUGUACCUGUGUAGCUAUGUAGGCAUGUGCCAAGAGGAGGCUGAGAAGGAGAUAGCGUAAGGUAUCACGGCUUUGUGGACCUGGGUGGUCUGUGUAGCACCACCACCGUUAUCAGCUCUUGAGAGUGAAGCCGCCUAGUAUAAAAUGGUCCAUGCUACUUCACCUCAGUUCAGUGUUGAUGUCUGGCCCCAGCCUGCCAAAGCUGUCCUGUUAAUGUUGUGACUCUUGUAGGAUGGACAGUAGUGUGCCAGUAGCAAGGUCUUCCACAUGGAUUUGUGGAGCCAUCUAAGAGGUGUAACUGCACAGGUCUGCAGAGACCUGGCUGCCAGCUUUGCAUGGGCUCUUUUUAAAAGAUCAUUCUUUACAUCUAUUUCUAAUUUGACCGACGAUGGCUCAGAGCGGAACUGAUCUGCAGUAGGUUCAAGAUCCAGUUUUUAAAACUGUGAUUUUCAUUAAUACCUGCUUUUUGCCUUUCAGACAUGGCCAUGCCCAGUUCCCUUUUGUGGGCUGUUGAUAUUUUUGGGAGGGUUUACACUCUGUCUACUGUUGGCCAGUACUGGGAGCUCUGUAAGGACACACAGCUGGAAUUCAAACGGGUCUCUGCUGUCAAACAGUGCUGCUGGGGAAUAGCCUGUGAUCAUCAAGUAUACACCUAUGUGUUCUCGGGUGACGUUCCUAUUAGAUACCAGGAGGAAACCUAUGAGAAUCAGCGUUGGAAUCCAGUUGGUGGCUUUUGUGAGAAAUUACUGCCCAGUGACCGCUGGCAGUGGAGUGAUGUGAGCGGGCUAAAACAUCAGCAGCUUGAUAGUUUCAUACUACCUUCACCACACUGGGAGUGGGAGUCUGACUGGUAUGUGGAUGAAAAUAUUGGAGGGGAACCAACAGAGAAAGGGGGCUGGACUUACGCCAUAGAUUUCCCCAGCACCUACACAAAGGAUAAGAAAUGGAAUUCUUGUGUCAGACGCAGGAGGUGGAUCAGAUACAGGAGAUACAAAUCACGGGACGUUUGGGCAAAGAUCGUAUCACGUGAUGAUCCAGAUCAGUUGCCAGACCCUUUCAAUGACAUCUCCAUUGGAGGAUGGGAAGUCACCGAUGAGCCUCUUGGCCGUUUAUCAGUAUGGGCAGUUUCUUUACAAGGAAAGGUAUGGUACAGAGAAAACGUCUGCCUUCACAACCCAGAAGGUUCCAUGUGGUCCUUAAUCACCACUCCCGGUGAAGUUGUGCAGAUCAGCUGUGGACCAUAUGACCUCCUUUGGGCAACUCUUUGGGAAGGGCAAGCUAUUGUAAGAGAAGGAAUUGAUAGGAAUAACCCUCAAGGAAUUUCCUGGAGUAUUGUGGAGUCUCCAAGCUCUGAAAAUGGGAUUAUGCAUGUCUCCGUGGGUGUUGAUGUGGUGUGGUGUGUUACAAAGGAUAGAAAAGUGUGGUUUAGAAGAGGAGUGAACUCACAUAAUCCUUGUGGAACAAGCUGGAUUGAAAUGGUUGGAGAAAUGAUGAUGGUAACUGUAGGCUUAAAUAACCAGGUCUGGGGAAUCGGCUGUGAUGACAGAGCAAUUUAUUUUCGUCAAGGUGUCACACCAAGUGAGCUCAGUGGGAAGACAUGGAAGGCAAUUGUGUCUGGCCGAGAGAGUGACAGAUCUCAGACUGGGAGCUCAACAAGUCUGCUCAGUGCUGGCUGUUUCUUUACUGAUGACAUUCAGAACCAAACGAACACGAUCAUUCAGGGUGAUGCAGAUACUUCCUCUGAUACAGAGCUUCCAAGUGUACCCAUGAACCUUGCCAAUACUCCUCCAAUGGGAGCUGCAGCCAGCAGCAGCAGUAAUGGCACAGGCAACCAGACAGCAGAAAUGCGUGCAAAUUUUGCUGUGGAUCCUCUGGACUCUGAUCAAGGAGAAGCCACUGUUGCGUCGACUAAUAAUGAGAAAGCUAAUCUUGAAAUGCAUCGAUCUUCUACAAACCCAAAUCCUUCUGCAGAACUGCAGUGGACAAACAUUGACUUGAAGGAGGCCCAAAAGCAUCCAGUCCUCUCCGUCAGCACCUUUGCAGAAACGUCCAGCCUGUCUUCCCUCGGCAUGUUCUCAGUGGGAGCUGAAGAACAGUACGGAGCCGAUGAGCACCCACUGUGGGCCUGGGUGUCUGGGGGAGGCUGUCUUGUGGAUUUGCACAGCCCAUUGAAGUGGUUCACUGUUGCAUCAGGUUUGUCAUCCUCUGUGCAGUCUCUCUCUCUGUCUAUCACUCCAGCACAGACAGCAGCAUGGCGCAAGCAGAUUUUUCAGCAGCUCAGUGAAAGGACAAAGAGGGAACUGGAGAAUUUUAGGCACUACGAACAGGCUGUUGAGCAGUCGGUUUGGGUUAAAACUGGAACCUUGCAAUGGUGGAGGAAUUGGAAGCCUCAUAAAUGGAUGGAUGUUAGAGUCACUCUUGAGCAGUUCACUGGGAGCGAUGGAAUGCGCGACAGCAUCCUGUUCAUCUAUUACAUGUAUCAUGAGGAGAAAAAGUAUAUCCACGUGUUCCUGAAUGAAGUCACUAUUAUAGUUGAAGUUCUGAAUGAAGCCAAGCAUUCCUUUGCACUGUAUACACCUGAACGGACGAAGCAGCGGUGGCCAAUCCGCUUGGCAGCAGCAACAGAGCAAGAAAUGCAUGACUGGCUGUCUUUGCUGAACCUGUCCUGCUGUGAAAGCAGGCGGAUUCAAGGCCCUCCUUCUCACCAUGCCAUUUGGUCAGUUACUUGUAAAGGAGACAUCUUUGUCAGUGAGCCAAGUCCUGAACUGGAGGCCGGACCACACCUGAUGCCGUGCGAUCAAAUGUUUUGGCGUCAAGUUGGAGGUCAUCUCCGAUUGAUAGAGUGCAAUAACCGAGGCAUAGUAUGGGGCAUAGGAUAUGACCACACAGCUUGGGUUUAUACUGGUGGAUAUGGAGGUGGCUUCAUUCAAGGACUGGCCAGUAGUGCUGAUAACAUUUAUACGCAGUCAGAUGUGAAAUGUGUUUACAUCUAUGAGAACCAACGGUGGAACCCAGUCACUGGAUAUAGCAGCAGAGGUCUGCCCACGGACAGAUACAUGUGGAGCGAUGCAUCUGGCCUGCAGGAAUGUACAAAAAUCAAUACCAAGCCUCCUUCUCCGCAGUGGUCUUGGGUAUCCGACUGGUAUAUUGAUUUUAAUACUUCAGGCGGAACUGAUCGGGAAGGCUGGCAGUAUGCAGCAGACUUUCCAGCGUCCUACCAUGGUCACAAGACAAUGAAAGACUUUGUCCGACGGAGGCGCUGGGCAAGGGAACAUCCUGGCUUCAUGUGGGAACAGAUCAGCCCUUCAUUUCCAUCUCAAUUGGAGCGUUUUACCAAGUGUGGGCUAUUGCUAGAGAUGGUUCUGCCUUCUAUCGGGGUUCAGUGUCUCCAAAGAAACCUGCAGGUGACUGUUGGUACCAUAUUCCUUCACCUCAAAAACAGAAGUUAAAACAAGUCUCAGUAGGACGAACAUCCGUGUUUGUGUUGGAUAAAAAUGGCAAUCUUUGGUACCGGCAAGGUAUCACACCAAGCUACCCUCAAGGCUCUACUUGGGAUCCUGUUUCAAAUAAUAUCCGUAAAAUGUC